AUGAAGCUUGCAAUUCUUAUUGUUCUCUCAUUAACUAUAUUUGCAACAAAAACAAAGUUUUUCAAAAGCCAACUUCUUGAAUUAAAAGAUUCGGAUCAAGAGUGCGGCGCAAUAGAAGGUAGUGGAGAUGUACAAUGUGCAACUGGAGGCUCAUUAGAAGAUAAAGAUGAUAUUAUUAGAGAUAAAAUUGACUUGCUAGAUGGCAUAUACAUAAAUAUUGCGUGGCGAACUAGCCUACCCUCUUAACACUUGUAGCCAGACGGGGGUCUGGGACUUGUGGAAGGGGGGCAGCGUUCGAUAUGUGCAUUCAAUCGGGCUUUAUGGUCUGGUGGAGCGCAAUGUCGGCUGACCGACCCCAGGCUCGCAUCCAGGUUAAGGUUUAUCCUGAAAUUGGAAGUUGGAAAGGGAUCACCCAGCAAAACCAAGGGGAUUCGCUUGGCCAAUCGGGCUUUUCCCAGCGCGAUACCGGAGUUGCGCCCUGGGCUACAAGUUUAAUAUAUAGCCUGACCAGUAAAUUCACAAUUUGAAUUUUCGGAAAUGGCAACCUCCUUGACGUACAGCAUGGUGACCCAGCGUCUUUACCUCCGGUAGCAAGUGCAACCCUUGUCCAGAGCGAGCAGCACAAGCCUUAAGCUAUGCAAUAAGACUAGCAAGCAUGGGGUGGUGCGAAGCAAGGGACAUGAAAAGCCAUUAGUGGGUUGGCAUGAGCUUCCAUAUAAUAUCUUAAUAGAAUAGACUUGUUAGAUGACAUAGUUGGAUCUAAAGAUGAGUAUUGUGAUCACGAUGACAAUGACGAUAGAGACGAUAGAGAUGACUGCGACGACAAAGAUGAUCAUGAUGAUUGGGAUGAUAGAGACGAUCAUGAUGAUAAUGAUGACUGCGAUGACAGAGAUGAUCAUGAUGAUUGGGAUGACAAUGAUGACUGCGAUGACAAAGAUGAUCAUGAUGAUUGGGACGAUAGAGACGAUCAUGAUGAUAAGUGUGAUCGCGAUGACAGAGAUGAUCACGAUGACUGUGAUGACAGAGAUGACCAUGAUGAUAAAUGUGACCGUGAUGAUUGGGAUGACAAUGAUGACUGCGAUGACAAAGAUGAUCAUGAUGAUUGGGAUGAUAAUGAUGACUGCGAUGACAAAGAUGAUCAUGAUGAUUGGGAUGAUAAUGAUGACUGCGAUGACAGAGAUGAUCAUGAUGACUGGGAUGAUAACGAUGACUGCGAUGACCAUGAUGACCACGAUGACCAUGAUGACAGAGAUGACUGCGAUGACCAUGAUGACCAUGAUGACCAUGAUGACAGAGAUGACUGCGAUGACAGAGAUGAUCACGAUGACCAUGAUGAUUCUUGUGGCUGUGAUGAAAACCAUUGGGAAAAUGACGAAGAUGAGCACAAAUAUGGCAACUGUGAAAGAGACGAACACCAUAGACAUCAUAGAGGGCAUGGAUUCUCACUCCCCCGCUUUAAAUUGGAACAGAUUUUUUGUUCCAAUUUAAAGGGGAGUUAAUUGGGUAAAAAAAUAUAAAUAAAAAUUAUUCAAAGAAUUAAUCGAUUCAAGUGAAAACUAUUUAAAUAAUAUUCUACUGAACUUUUUUCAUAAAUUAGGUCAAAAUUAAUUUUAUAAAAUUAGGGUUUAACUAUAAAGUUUCCCUAUUUAAAAAUAAUUUGUUCCAAUUUAAAGGGAUUAAAGUACCCCAAAAAUUGAAACUUUGUCUUUUUUCCAAUUUAAAUGAAUGGGGGGAGCUAGGAGGGUGUUGCGAAGGUGAUGAAAUUGCAAAUAUUUUACCAGGAAGAAGAACUUGCAUUAAAAUUUAUAGAGCCGAUAAGGAUGACUGUUGCCAAUAUGACGAGUCUAAUCACUGUGAAUCUGAUGAAUAA